UCUUGUUUAUUGAACUGUUGUAUAAAAUCACAUUUGUAAUCAUGCUGAUUUUUCGAUCAAAAAAUGGUGCUCGAUCUUCCUUUGAUAUUUUUUAACUAUAUAAAAUUACAUAAAUAUCCUAUAUACAUUUUCUGCCCCCAUAUCUUGAAUUUUCUUUUUAUACUUCAUGCAUUUUAAUACUGAAUCAUGCACUGAAAGAAAGCACAUGUGCACUAGUCUAAACUACUAGACUUCUUUACAUAGGCCUAAUCUAUGCGUGCACUCUGUAUGUGUAUUUUGUUUCAUUUUUGCAAUAAACUUGAUAAUGUCUAAUCACUUUGUUAAAAGAACUUUUAUGAUAUUAUCACAAACAAUAUAUAUCAAACACACCUAUCACAAAUGUUAAAUCACAAAUAAAGGGGUUAUUAUUGUUUUUGGUAUUGACAUGUAACUUGUCCGAUUGCAUGGGCAAGUAAAAACACUUGCUAAAACAUUCACUUGUCCCGGACAAGCGUUAAUGAUGAGCCCAGGAUUUAUGAUCCUAAUUAUUGUGCCUUUAUCCGGAGAGCAGAGUGUACCAAAUAUCAUACUUUUACAUAUUCAUGUCAUUGAAAACUGUUGUUUAUUUACUGUUUUUAAUUUAAACAUAAACCACAAUAACGGUGAAAGUAUCAAAGUAUCAAGUUACAAAAAUGCCCUCUACUCUUACACGCCAUACCACCAGAGUAAAAGGCACUUUACAAUAACAUAAACAGUAAAGCUGUAACGUUUUACCUAAUGUGUGUGUGUGUGUGUGUGUGUGUGUGUUCUGCAUAAAGCAAUAAAGUAUAUUGUUGAUAACCAUCAUUAGUCAGUCCGUAUGUAUUAUAUGUAAGAUAAAUGUGACAGUAUUUGAGAUGGCUAAUUUCUGUUCUCUCUCUGUCCACAGGAAAACACAUUCUGCAAUAUUUAUACACUUCCAUUUCUGGAGACGAUGAUGAAUUUACUACAGUUGGUCUGGUGGAUGACAGUCAGUUUAUGUACUUUGACAUCAACACGAUGAAAGCUUCACCAAGAACAGAAUGGAUGAGACAGAGUGAAAUCACAGAUUACUGGAACAGUCAGACAGCAGUAAUGAUUUGUGAACAUAAAUGGGUUUGAAACAAUGUCCCCACAAAGUCAACAGACAUGCACACACACCAGCUAGUAUAUGGCUGUGAAUGGAACGAUGAGACUGGAAAAACAAAUGGGUUCCGGAAGUUUGCAAUUGAUGGAGAGGUUUUCCUGUAUCUGGAUCUGAAGAGGAUGGAAUGGAUAUCCCCAAUGCAGCACGGCUUCAACAUUCAAAAGACGUGUAACAACAAAACCAUCUCUCUUGCGUACUGGAAAUACUACCUUGAAAAUGAGUGCAUUGAGAAUUUGAAGAAGUUCUUACAGCUUGGAGAGAACAGCCUGGAGAAAACAGUCUCUCCUCAGGUGUCUUUGUUGCAGAGGAAUGCCUCCUCUCCAGUCUUGUGUCAUGUCACAGACUUUUAUCCCAGUAAUGUUACAAUCACCUGGAUGAAAAACGGACAAGAGCAUUAUAAGGAUGUGAAGGCUGGUAAACUUCUUCCUAAUGAGGACGGGACCUUCCAGAAGACCGUCGCCCUGAAGACUGAACCUGAUGAGUGGAGGAGGAACGAGUUCAGCUGUGUGGUGGAGCACCAGAGCAGAACCAUCAGAAAGACCCUCACAGAGAACGAGAUCAGGACUAACGAUAGUAAGAGUCUACAUGAGGCUUAG